AUGGUUUCUCCAGCUCAGCCCGCAGCCGCAAUGGCUGCUUUCGCCAGGAUGGUGAAGGGCCAAGUGCGCAACUACUCUGCUCCUCUGGACAUGGCCAUUCCCGCCUCCAAGCAGAAGUAUAUUCCGUCCUCUGGAUCCUACCCAAAGGGGUUCCUCGUCUCCGGUACCAAUGUUGGUGUCAAGGCCUCCAACACCAAGUUCCCGGACCUGGCAUUGAUCUCCUCCGAAACCCCAUGCUCAGCUGCUGCGGUUUUCACGACAAACAAGUUCCAAGCGGCCCCUGUUCAAGUCAGCAAGAAGACGCUUCAGAGCCGCCAGGGACAGGGCAUUCGAUCGGUGGUUAUCAACUCGGGCUGCGCCAAUGCGGUCACCGGUAAGGGAGGUCUGGAGGAUGCAGUGAACAUGGGCAGCAAGGUGGACGAGUGCAACAGACUCAGCGAGCCCAGCACGCUCGUCAUGAGCACUGGCGUCAUUGGACAACGACUUCCCAUCUCCAAGAUCCUUGACAAAAUCCCCACGGCACACGCAAACCUCGCAUCCACGCACGACGCUUGGCUCACCACCGCCCGCGCCAUCUGCACAACAGACACCUUCCCGAAGCUGCUCUCGCGAACCUUCACCCUCCCCUCGUCCCCCGGCCGCACCUACAGCCUCGCCGGCAUGACCAAAGGCGCCGGCAUGAUCCACCCGAACAUGGCCACUCUCCUGAGCGUGCUCUGCACCGACGCGCCCAUCGACCCCUCCGCCCUGCAGUCCCUCCUCAAGCACGCCGUCUCGCGCUCCUUCAACUCCAUCUCCAUCGACGGCGACACAAGCACAAACGACACGGUCGCCAUCCUCGCCAACGGCGCCGCCGGCGGCGCCCCCAUCAGCUCCCCCGCCUCGGACGACUACACCGCCAUGCAGGACAUCCUCACCUCGUUCGCUCAGUCACUCUCGCAGCUCGUCGUCCGCGACGGCGAAGGCGCCACCAAGUUCGUCACCGUCCGCGUCCAGAACUCCCCGGACUACGAGUCCGCCCGUCUCAUCGCAUCUACCAUCGCCCGGUCCCCGCUCGUCAAGACCGCCCUCUACGGCCGCGACGCCAACUGGGGCCGUAUCCUCUGCGCGAUCGGGUACACGCAGGGCUUGGCCCCGGGCACGGUCGUCCCUGAACGUACGAGCGUCAGCUUCAAGCCUGUUGACGGGAGUCCCGUGCUCAAGCUGCUUGUCAACGGCGAGCCGGAACAAGUCGAUGAGGAGCGUGCCAGUGUCAUUCUUCAGGAGGAGGAUCUGGAGAUCGUCGUUGACUUGGGUGGUGGUGAGAAGGGUGAGCAGGGCCUGGGUGGUGAAGAGGCUGUCUACUGGUUCUGCGAUUUUAGCCACGAGUACGUGACUAUCAAUGGAGAUUACAGGACUUGA